UUUUAUAUAUACAUCCACAUCUACCUCCAUAUACACCUCCCCCCAAAAUCAACAUCAUCACCAUCCACCCCUCAACCCCCCAACAACCCUUCAAAACCAUGACCCUCCCCCCUCCAUCCACCCUCCCCACCCUCCCCCACCCCGAAAUCCUCACCACCAUCGACCUCCUCUUCGAGCCCUCACCCCGCCUACACUCUCUCCUCCUCCCCUCCCUCCUAACCACCCCCCACGAAAGCUACGCCUCGCUCAUCGCCUCCGUCCACAGCAGCCUCACCAAGCUCUCCCGGGCCAAGAACCCCCGGGCCAUGGAGAACCUGAUCGCGAUACUGGGGUCGCAUCCGCGGCUCGGGGCGAAGAAGGUCGAGAGUGCGCAGAGUAGGGCUGAGCAGGCGAGUCUUGCCGGCGGGGAAGGGGAUGGUGGGGAGGAGGGGGAGAGGUUGAGGGUGUUGAAUGAGGAGUAUGAGGAGGCGUUUCCGGGGCUGAGAUAUGUGGUUUUCGUGAACGCGAGGAGUAGAGAGGAGAUUAUGAGGGAUAUGAGGGAGAGGAUUGAUAGGGGGAAUCCGGGGUUGGAGAUGAGGGAGGCGAUUGAUGCCAUGUGUGAUAUUGCGAGGGACCGGGUGGGGAAGUUGGGGGUAAGAGAGGAGUGAAGGGAUCGGGAGGAGAUGAGAGGAUGGUGUUUUGGUGGAGGUGGUGGUUGUUGAAGAGGAGGAGGAGGGAAGAUGGGACUUCAUAUCGAAGCAGAAGAAAGCGAACAGAACCCCGACAUCACAGGAAGGAUCAUCUCACCAUUACCAGCACGAAAUUUCACGAAACAAGUCCGACGAAAAGCCUAUCUCUUACUACCCAACACGAAUUCGAACACAUUUACCAUCCUCAUAUUUUCACUACAAGUAUAGGUGGAUAUACAUAUUUUUUUAUCUUCUUUUUUCUUGGAGGUGUAGGUGCUUGGAAUGGGUUGUGUAGAAGAGAAGAUGCUUCGAUUAAGUUAGUUCGUUUUGGGCGAGGAUGAAGAUGGUGGGGAGUAGGUGGGGAGUAAUGACAUCGAGACAUCCGCCUG